AUGUUGGCCCAUCUUCAUCAUCACAUGGACCCUAUUCUUAGUGCAGCCUGCCAGAACGAGAUCGGCAAAUUUUGUGGCGUAGAGCUGGCAAAAGCAGGCGCCUCUUCUGAAACUAGUCUGGGCAACCCGGAUACUGAGGCCAGUGUCAUUGAAUGUCUGAAAAGCCAGUUAUUUAAGCAUCAGCUUGCUGACCACUCAGACUGUCAGGCGGAGGUACUUCGCUUGGUUUCUGAAGAGCGAGUUGACGUGCACGUUGAUCCCAUCCUUUAUCAAGCUUGCUCUGCAGAGCUGCGCACUGUAUGUUCCUCAGUAAGUCUUUAUUGUCAUUUUAUUAGCUAA